AUGUCUCUGCCCAGCAACAGCCCCCAUCCGAACUUCCCCUCCUCAUCCUCCCACCAGUCCAUGCACUCUCAUACCGGCAUCUCGCCCCGAUCAACAACCUCCCCUCGCCCACUAAGUGACCGAACCCAGCCCGCGCAGGAAGACCACUCUUCAACAGACGAACAACACGCCCACCAGCUCACCUCCCCAACACACGAUGGCGCCAGUGGUGAAGAAACCGGUGACGGACAAGAUCCGAAGCCCACCAACCCACCAUUCCAGCCCUUCUUCACCCUGAUCGAAGACGCGCAUACAUCGGAAUACCACCACCCAACAGUGCACUAUUUGUUCUCCGACGACGACACCGACAUCAUCACGGAAGCAGCGCUGCGCAGUCUAGAAGCGCAGCAGGAAUCACUCUCUGAAUCGAAGAGAGAGCAGAUAAUAGAAGGGCAAGCCCCGAAAGAAGAGGAGGUUAGCGCGCGGAAAUCGACUAUAUUAUUACCACCCCCGGUCCCGGGGGUACGAGAGCAUUACAUCAUCCUGGACGUGACGCAAGAUGGGACUCUGCAGAACCCAACAACCACUGAACCUUCUGCUGCUCCGGCUGGGAAAGGAGAAGAAGGUGUCACGAAAUCCCUAUCCUCGUCACCCGCCAAUCCACCCAUCAUACCACCCCCCUCAGGAUCACCAGCGACACAGGUCCGGGUCUCCUCAGCCCAGAGCCUCGCGCCAACGUGGCAAGUGCUCAAAUCCGAGCUGGUGCCCGCUCCAACAUUCGAAAACAGUAACCCCGGCGCCACACCUGGACACGGACUCAUGCUCAAAAUCCACGGCACGGCGGGUCUUCUCCCCUCCACGCCUCGAGACAAGGCUGGUGGUGGAGGAAAGGGCUCGCAGCGGUUAGAGGAGAUGAUGGAUCAAUUUGCGAAGCGGAUGAGCGAGUUACAGACGGUGAUUGAGGCGGGUGAGACGGGUGAUUCGUUGGCUGUGGAAGGUGGUGAGCUGGAUUCGGAAACUCAAGCUCGGGCUGAGGAGGAGGGCCCUACUGAAGUUGGGAUUGAGAAAGAUGAUUGUGAGAGUGCGAGGCAUGUCUCUGGGGAUGUGGAGCACUCAUGA